AUGUCUUCUUGCACCUCUUUGAUUUUCCUUUUCCUUUUCUCCUUCCUCACUAGCUUCAAAGCUUCUGCUAGAAAUCCUGUUUUCCUAAACCAGUUUUGUCCAAAUACGACAACAUUCUCCAGAAACAGCACUUACUCCACCAAUCUCAAAACCCUUUUGUCCUCUCUCUCUUCCCCCAACGCCUCAUACUCCACCGGAUUCCAAAACGCCAUAGCGGGACAAGCCCCCGACAGGGUCACCGGACUUUUCCUCUGCCGCGGAGACCAAUCGCCGGAAGAUUGCCACAACUGCGUCGCCUUUUCCGUCAACCAUACCUUCAAUAUCUGUCCGAAUGGGAGCGAAGUCGUGCUCUAUUACGAUGAGUGCAUGCUCAGAUAUUCUCACCAGAAUAUUCUCUCGACCGUUACACUCAGAGGACGAAACAUCCAGUUGAACGGCAAUAAAAUUUCAUCUAAUCAAUCAGACCGGUUCGAAGACUUGGUGUCGUUGACGAUGAAUCAAGCUGCCCUUGAAGCGGCGAGCAGUUCUAGAAAAUUCUCUGCGAUAAAGGCCAAUUGGACUGCGCUCCACAGUUUGUACGUUCUGCUUCAGUGCACUCCUGAUAUUAACAAACAAGAAUGCUUGAGCUGUCUCUAUGAAUCCAUCUACGGAAUACCUUUUAACAGAAUUGGAGGAAAACUUAAUCGGCCAAGCUGUAGUGCAAGGUACGAACUUUACCCAUUCUACAACGAGACCGCCGUUAGAGCACUACUACCACCAUCACAACAAGCACCACCACCACCACCUACCAACGCCUCUACUUCUCCUGUGUCAUCUACUCCACGACCUAGGAAAAGUGGGAAUUCAAAUAUGCUAGCGGUAUCCAUUGUUGUGCCUAUUAUUGUGCCUGUUCUGCUUUUCAUAGCUGGCUAUUGUUUCUUUGCAAAGAGGGCAAAGAAGACUUCUGAUAUUGCACCAGCCUGUGAUGAGUCGCUGCAACUUGAUUAUAGAACAAUUCAAGCAGCAACAAACGAUUUUUCACAGAGCAACAGGAUUGGUCGAGGUGGAUUUGGCGUGGUUUACAAGGGUACAUUUUGGGAUGGGACUGAAGUAGCGGUGAAGAGACUGUCAAAAACAUCCAGACAAGGUGACACAGAGUUCAAGAACGAGGUUGUUGUUGUUGCAAAGCUUCAACACAGAAAUCUUGUUAGGCUUCUCGGAUUUUCUCUUCAAGGAGAAGAAAGGGUACUAGUCUACGAGUAUGUGCCUAACAAAAGCCUUGAUUACUUCCUCUCUGACCCUGCAAAGCAAGGUCUACUGGACUGGCGGACUAGACGAUACAAGAUCAUUGGAGGGAUUGCUAGGGGAAUUCUAUAUCUUCAUCAAGAUUCACGGCUCACCAUCAUACACCGUGACCUCAAAGCGAGUAACGUUCUUCUGGAUGCUGAUAUGAAUCCGAAAAUCGCUGAUUUCGGAAUGGCAAGGAUCUUUGGAAUGGACCAAACACAGGAGAACACAAGCAGAAUAGUUGGGACUUACGGUUACAUGUCUCCUGAAUAUGCGAUGAAUGGACAGUUCUCAAUGAAAUCAGAUGUCUAUAGCUUUGGAGUGUUAGUUCUUGAGAUUAUAAGCGGUCGAAAGAACAGCAGCUUCUACGCGACGGACGGCACACAUGCCUUGGUGACACAUGCUUGGAGACUUUGGAGUAACGGAACAGCGUUAGACCUCGUGGAUCCAGUUAUUGUAGAUAACUGCCAGAGGAAUGAAGUGGUUCGAUGCAUCCAUAUCGGUCUUUUAUGUGUUCAAGAAGAUCCUGUAGAUCGUCCGACCAUGCAAACCAUUUUCAUGAUGCUCACUAGUAAUACCGUGACUAUACCAGUGCCUCAACAACCCGGAUUUUUCGUUCAGAGUAGACCCGAGAGAGACCCGCUUGAUUCAGAUCCAUCUACUACAAACAAGUCUGUGGCAACGUCUGUUGAUGAUUCAUCCAUCACUGAUUUAUAUCCUCGUUGA